GUUGGGGAGCGGGCCCCGCCGGGCGGGGCGGGAGCCGCCGCCGAGCCGUCCGGCCGCCGCGACCAUGUCGGACCCGGCGCCCAAAGUUCCCGAGGAGAUGUUCCGAGAGGUCAAGUACUACGCGGUGGGCGACAUCGACCCGCAGGUCAUCCAGCUCCUCAAAGCUGGGAAAGCUAAGGAAGUGUCCUACAACGCACUAGCCUCCCACAUAAUUUCGGAAGACGGGGACAAUCCUGAGGUUGGAGAAGCUCGGGAAGUCUUUGAUUUACCUGUAGUUAAGCCGUCUUGGGUGAUUUUGUCCGUUCAGUGUGGAGCUCUUCUGCCAGUAAAUGGUUUUUCUCCAGAGUCCUGUCAGAUUUUUUUUGGAAUCACUGCCUGCCUUUCCCAGGUGUCGUCUGACGACAGGAGUGCCCUGUGGGCUCUGCUCACCUUCUACGGUGGGGGGUGCCAGCUGCAGCUCAACAAGAAAUGCACACAUCUGGUCGUUCCCGAGCCGAAGGGGGAGAAGUACGAGUGUGCGUUGAAGAGAGCAGGCAUUAAGAUCGUGACCCCUGACUGGGUCCUGGACUGCAUAUCGGAAAAAACCAAAAAGGACGAAGCAUUUUAUCAUCCUCGACUCAUUAUUUAUGAAGAAGAAGAGGAAGAGGAAGAGGAGGAGGAGGAGGUGGAAAAUGAGGAGCAGGAGUCCCCAAAUGAGGGUAGUUCGGAGGGAAAAUCCAGCCCUGCCAGCUCUCAAGAAGGAUCUCCUUCAGGGGACCAGCAGUUCUCACCCAAAUCCAACACCGAAAAGUCUAAAGGGGAGUUGAUGUUUGAUGAUUCUUCAGACUCCUCACCCGAGAAACAAGAGAGGAAUUUAAACUGGACGCCCGCUGAGGUCCCACAGCUGGCUGCGGCGAAACGCAGACUGCCCUCGGGGAAGGAGCCUGGCCUCAUUAACUUGUGCGCCAACGUGCCCCCCGUCCCGGGCAACAUCUUACCUCCCGAGGUCCGGGGCAACCUCCUGGCCCCGGGACAGAAUCUCCAAAGUUCGGACAGAUCGGAAAUGAUCGCUACUUGGAGUCCGGCUGUGCGGACCCUGAGAAACAUCACUAACAACGCCGACCUCCAGCAGAUGAGCCGACCGUCAAAUGUCGCUCACAUCUUACAGUCCCUUUCUGCACCUACAAAAACCUUAGAGCAGCAGGUGAAUCACAGCCAGCAGGGCCACGCCAACGCCAGCGCGGUGCUCUUCGGCCCGGUGAAGGUGGCUUCUGAGCCGCACCUGCCGCAGCCCCCGCAGCCGCCACCCCCGCCCCCGCCGCACCCGGUGCUGCACCUUCCCGCCCAGCAGCUCCUGCAGCUCCAGCCGCAGCCGCAGAUCGCCCAGCAGCCGUACCCGCAGCCGCCGCCGCACCCCUUCCCCCCCCAGCCGCUGCCCUUCCCCCAGCAGCAGCUGCACCGGCCCCAGCAGCCCCUGCAGCCCCUGCAGCCGCAGCCGCAGCACGUCCUGCAGCAGCAGCUGCACCAGCUCCAGCAGCAGCAGCUCCAGCAGCAGCAGCUGCACCAGCUCCAGCAGCAGCUCCAGCUCCAGCGCCUGCAGCAGCAGCCGGCCCCGCCCGCGCAGCCCCCGGUGCAGCCCCCGCACCCGCCCCCGCACCCGCCCCUGCAGCAGCACCAGCCCCAGCCGCAGCCGCCCCCGCCGUCCCAGCAGCCCCCGCACCAGCUCUUUGGACACGACCCAGCCGUGGAAAUUCCGGAAGAAGGCUUCUUACUGGGAUGCGUGUUUGCGAUUGCGGACUACCCGGAGCAGAUGUCUGACAAGCAGCUGCUGGCCACCUGGAAGCGGAUAAUCCAGACGCAUGGUGGCGCCGUGGACCCCACGUUCUCCAGCCGGUGCACACACCUGCUGUGCGAGAGUCAGGUCAGCGGGACGUACGCGCAGGCGAUCAGGGAGAGGAAGAGGUGUGUCACGGCGCACUGGCUGAACAUGGUCCUAAAGAAGAAGAAGCUGGUGCCGCCUCACCGCGCCCUCCACUUCCCGGUGGCCUUCCCCCCGGGCGGAAAGCCCUGCUCUCAGCACAUUAUUUCUGUGACUGGAUUUGUCGACAGUGACAGAGAUGACCUGAAGCUGAUGGCUUACCUGGCGGGCGCCAAGUACACGGGCUACCUGUGCCGCGGCAACACGGUGCUCAUCUGCAAGGAGCCUACCGGUUUGAAGUAUGAAAAAGCCAAGGAGUGGAGGAUACCGUGUGUGAAUGCGCAGUGGCUCGGCGACAUCCUCCUGGGGAACUUCGAGGCGCUGAGGCAGGUCCACUACGGCCGCUACACGGCAUUCAAUCUGCAGGAGCCCUUCGCCCCGACUCCGCACUUGGUUUUCAAUCUUCUGGAUGCUUGGAGAGUCCCGUUGAAAGUGUCGGCCGAGCUGCUAAUGGGCGUGCGGCUGCCUCCCAAGCCGAAAGCGAGCGACGUGACGGCCCAGCCUUCCUCCAAGAGAGCCAGAAUCGAAGAUAUACCGCCUCCCACCAAAAAGUUAACACCAGAAUUGACCCCUUUUGUGCUUUUCACUGGAUUUGAGCCUGUCCAGGUUCAACAGUAUAUUAAGAAGCUCUACAUCCUGGGGGGCGAGGUCGCCGAGUCGGCGCAGAAGUGCACGCACCUCAUCGCCAGCAAAGUGACGCGCACGGUCAAGUUCCUGACAGCCAUCUCCGUGGUGCGGCACAUCGUGACCCCGGAGUGGCUGGAGGAGUGCUUCAAGUGUCAGAAGUUUAUCGACGAGCAAAACUACGUGCUCCGGGACGCAGAGGCCGAGGUGCUGUUCUCCUUCAGUCUGGAGGAGUCCCUGAAACGGGCGCAUGCCUCCCCGCUCUUCAAGGCAAAAUAUUUUUACAUCACCCCAGGAAUCUGCCCAAGUCUGUCCACCAUGAAGGCGAUCGUGGAGUGUGCAGGGGGACGGGUGCUGUCGAAGCAGCCGUCUUUCCGCAAGCUCGUGGAGCACAAGCAGAACAAGAGUUUGUCAGAAAUAAUUUUAAUAUCCUGUGAAAAUGACCUUCACUUAUGUCGAGAAUACUUUGCCAGAGGAAUAGACGUUCACAACGCGGAGUUUGUGCUGACGGGCGUGCUCACCCAGACCCUGGACUACGAAUCGUAUAAAUUUAACUGACGGCCUCGCCACUACGACUGGAGCCGGGGGACGACAACCAGCGGCGCCCGCUGCGGGGCGGACCCGGCCGCGCUCCCCCGCAGAGGCCCGUGUUCUCCAGCUGCUGCGGGACGCAGGCAUUUGAAAGCAGGAGAACAAAUAUAAUAAAUAUUGUGCAUCUUAUUAAGAUGUGUAAUUUUAUUCCAAGGAAACAUAAAUUAUGUUUUGUAUUAUAUGAAUUUACGAGCCCACAUUAGGUUUUAUGAUUCAUUUGCCAGGUUUUUAAAUGUUUUCACAACACUGUUAACAGAACUUCAGCUAUAAAUAAAAUGGUGUAAAUAAAGACCUUGCUAUCUCUAAAUUAUGGAAGUUAAAGAUUUGAAACGUUUUGUACUUUGAUUAUUUUUUUUCUUAUACUCUUUUCUUUUAUAUUGAGAUCUUGCCCACAUUUUAAAUAAAUGU